AUGUCAUCAUCAUCUUCUUCUUCUUCUUCUUCGCAUAUCAAAGUCUCAUCAUACACUGAUGAGCCAGUUGCUGCAGUAGGUUCAUUUUUCAACGGACUUUCAAUCCCAUCAUCAACUGAAUUUGACAUUUACAAAAACAAGAAAACCAAUGAGUAUCUAAUCCAUGGCGAAUCUGAUCAUUUAGAAUAUAAUGGGGACUCUAAAGAAACACAAGACUUGAAUGAAUAUGUAGUGGCCAUGUAUGAUCCCAACACCAAAUCAGUUGAAUUGUUCAAAACACCAUAUUUUCAAACCAAAGUUACUUCAAAACAAUACAAGAUAUACAAAGGACCAUCGGUUAGAUCAACUGGUGUCAAGAAUAUAACUCAACGAAAUGCCUUGGGUGAAGCGUUUGGUACCAAGAAAGCCAAACAAGCUAUUACCAAUUUGGAAAAGAAUAGAAUCGAUGCUGAUAAAUUACAAGAUAUGGAAAUGGAUAUUAUUGAUUCUGUUCAAGAUACACUCACCAAUAAUGCACAAUCAUCAACCACCAAGGGUCAAACCAAUAAUGAUGUCACUGAUUUCUCCAAUAGUCCCAUUCCUAAGCCAAAUGUCGAUGCCACAAAUGUCGAAGACAUUUACCCCAUCAAAACCAUCAUCCCCGCCAAAGAUUGGUCGUAUAUCCGAGUUCAAUCAAUAUUCACCGACUCUGAUCCCAUUAAACAAUUUCCAUCAUCACCGGAAUUUAUCAAACAACAACUAUCAUCAAUUAUCGAACAUCAAAAUUUGGAAAAAUUGCAAAUCUUGUACUACGCAUCAUUACUAUUUGCCAUUUAUUCCAAUCGUCGUGGUGUUAGUUCCAAAGAUCAACUAAUGAACAAAUUAGACCCCAAACCAUCAGAGGCGUUGAUUGAUACCAUAUUGGGAAACUUUACCAUUGCUCGUACUUCCAAAUUCGGUAAAUCCAAAGAUCGGUCAUUUACUAUUGACCCUCAUAAUGAAGAUAAAUUGCUUUGUUAUUUAAUCAUUUUGAUUUUACAUUUAUCCAACUUUUCAGUGGCUUUGAACCCAUUGGCUCGUGAUUUGAAAUUGAAACCCACGAAAUUAGUGGCAUUAUUCAGAGCCGUGGGGUGUAUUAUCAAAUCAGCCACUGUGGGUGAAGCUGAAGCAUUGGGUAUACCAAAGAGUAGUGUUGGUACUUACAAGAUUGCUCAUUUGAAAGUGCCAUUCAAAAUGCCGGAAUUGACUAGAAAAAGAGGUGGAAAGAGGUAA